UACGUCUGUAGAGUGAAUUUCAUCACACAGUGAACCGUGUUUCAAAUACAUCGCAUAUUCUAGAAUAGCUGCUGUAUUCUGAAUCAUUUCUGCAGUAGUUUGCCUGUUCAUUGGUGUUGAGUGCAUAUAUAAAGUACGGUGUAUUCGAGAAUAUCUUCAUUUGCUGUCGUAUCGUUCGCAACGAAACAUCGUAGUUCAUUACGUUCAAAGGUCUUUGGUAAAAAAAAAGUGUGUGUUUGACGAUUUAAAGAAAACAAAAACAAAAAAGAAAACGAAGAUAAAAACAUCAAAAUGUCGCGCAUUUACAAAAUUUGUGUUGUAAAUAAUUUGACCGAAAGUGCUGGCGAAGUGUUUGCUGUAAAACCGUAUUUGGAAAGUUUCGAUAGUUUCAAGGAUGAGAUUUUUAUUCGUAUGCCGGAGCUCAAAAACCAACCAUUGAAAAUUUACUAUCAAGAUGCUGAUGGUGACAAAAUUACAAUUUUCAAUGCAUUGGACUUUGCUAUUUUCCAAGAGCAAAAGAUUAACAAGGUCUUUGUUGUGAAGGGUGCUCCGACAAAGAGCGUACAAUUCCAGGAAAUUGUCGCACCAUCGGUGAGCAACACACCAAUUGCAUCGAAUUCAACAUCAUCGAAUCGUAUGCAUCAUGCAAAUGUGGUUUGCGAUGGUUGCGACAAGGAAAUUUAUGGCUAUCGCUAUAAAUGUUUGGAAUGUCAUGAUUUUGAUUUGUGCAUGGAAUGUGAACCGAAACAGCACAAUCAUCAUUUGAUGAUUCGCAUCGCUGAUCCAAGCGACGCGGAAAUUUGCUACCGUUCGAAAUUGGGUAAGCGAUUCUUGCGUCAUCGUCGCAGCGAAAGUCUCUGCGCCAAAGAUGAAAAAAUUGCAAAACAUCAUCACAAUCCGCAUCAUCAUGGUCACAAACGGCAAUCAUUGGGCGUAUCGGCUCGACGACCAAAUUCAUUCUUUGAACAAGUUAUUGAUGUAUUGCAUGGCGUUAACACUCCGAAUCAGAAUGCAAAUGCACCGAAUGUAACCCCAGCUCAAGGCACAAAUAAUGGAAAUGAAAAGAAAACCGGAUGUGGUACAUCAUCAAAAGCCACACCAAGUGCACCACCGACUGCACCGUCAUAUGGUUUUAAUUUUUGUAAUAACAAUGGUAACGCAAAACCAAAGUCUCCAUGCGUUCCGUUGAAACAAAGCAUUGACAUGUUGUCACAUAUGGCACAAAACUUUGCCACUAUGAUGGAUCCGUUCGGUGCAUACAUGGAAUCGUUGGCCAGUGCCAAUCACACUGCAUCGUCAGCCGCAACAUCGGCAGCUACGGCAAAAGAAUCAGCAAAAGCAGCUGCAACUGCAGCAGAAGCAGCAGCAGCAGCAGCAACAUCGGCAAAAGCCACUGAAAACGUCGCUUCACCAAAGGAAAAUGUAUCGGCCAGCGCUGAGAAUAACGAACAAAAAGUGGAUGAAGACGCAUCAAUGACUAACCAGGAACCAAGCAAGGUGUCAGAUGCUAUUGUCAUCGAUUGUAGCGACGAUGAAGACGAAGACCUUCGUAACAUGGUUCUCUCGCUUAAUGUCAAUUCGACGGAAGCAAACAAAGAAGCAUCAAAUGAUGCCAUCAAAAAAGAUGAAAGUGUCGAAUCGAUUGAGAACGAAAAAGCUUCCCCAAGCCGUGAAUGGACAUUCAUCGAAAGCAACGAAAUCGAUGAGUCGGCUGGUGCAUCUGGCUCCAGCACCGGGGCAAUUCCAAAGAAAUCAACUCCACCGCCAGCUCAAAAUUCUGGCAGUUCCAACAACGUUGAUUACGCUGAAUUGUCACGUUUGCUAUCGACUCACAUUGAUGCUCAAAAACAAAAUCAAACAACCGUUCCACCACAAACUGACGAACAGGCAAAAACUGAUGUCACUGAUGGUGCCAAUGAAAAUGCGGUCAAAUUAACCAAGACACCACCACCGACCCCAUUACAUCCAGACGCUCGUGUCAACGAAUCAUUAACCGCAAUGAUGGCAAUGGGUUUCAGCAACGAGGGUGGCUGGUUGACUCAACUUCUGGAAACAGUCGACGGAAACAUUUCGAAUGCUCUCGAUCUCUUGCAGCCACACAAAUAAAUGGUCAUCAUACAAACUGACCAUUCGUGACACUGACAUACGGACGAAUUUAAUGAUGAAAUGACUUUAUUGCUACUAUUCUUUAUUCUUUAUGCAUUCAUAUACUAUAUUGUAGCACUAUAACAUAUUCUUAAACACAUUUUUAUCAUUUAUAUAUAUAUAUAUAUAUAUAUGUGCAUGUGAAUUAUGAGUAUUAUUCACAGGUGUUGGGAUAGUUUAGAGUUCACAUUUGAAAGGAACAUUGAAAUAAUAUAUAUAUAUUGACAAAAUAUUAAAAAAAAUAUAUAAAAUUUUAAAAUCACAAAAAUAUCUUAUUAUACCCCCG